AUUUUCUAGAUACAUUUAAGUUAAAUUUUAGGGUGAAUAAUGUCAACUACAUUUAGAGCACUUUCUGUUCUCUCUCGUGCUGCAGGAAAAUAUUGGCCAAGAGCUGGAAGUGUUGGUUUGCUAAAGACUACAGUUGUAGGUAGCCAAUUCAAGGUUCCCACUUGCAACUUUUACCUUCAAUCUACUGCAUUGAAUGAGUGGAUAAAAAUUGAGGAUAGACCACAGUAUGGGUUGGAUAAAGAUGCAUUCACCAAUGCUCUGAAAGAAGAGAAUACUUACUUCAUAGAUGUGAGAGAAAAGGCGGAAUUAGAAGAAGGCAAAAUAGAUGCUCAUCGCUAUAUAAACAUUCCUCUUGGAUUUCUAUGGCCAGCUCUUGAGUUAUGUGAUAAAGAUUUCAAGGCAGAAUAUGGGAUAGAGAAACCAAGCAAAGACGACAAGAUAGUCUUUGUAUGUUUGGCUGGUGUUCGUAGUACAUGGGCUUUGCAGAUCGCUCAGGUUGGAGGUUACAAGAACAGUCAACAUUACAUGGGGGGUUACUACCAAUGGGCAACUGGAGAACUAUUCCCACUUCCAGAAGGAAACUAAAUUUUAAAAUAAAAAAUGCUUUUACCCAAUAAACUGUCUGUAAAAAAGCUAACUAAUUUUGCCUAAUUGCUUAAUAUUAAAUGCUUUUAUUAAUUAGUGUUAUUUUACCAUGUCAUAAUUUUGUUGUGUACAAAACUUAAUCAUGCUAUGCAAUUUUAUAAACAAUAGUUUGAUUCCAUAUCUUCUAAUAUGCAGUAAUAUGUCAUUAAUCUAAAGUGCUAUUUAAUUUUCUUUUUACAAAAUUUAGAGUUAUAUUUUUAAUUUGUGCAAUUUUAUUUAUUAAUAUUCAUAAUUAUAUUCUUCAAAAUACGGGUUUUAAAUCUCUAAAUGCAUGUAGUUGUAUAACAGCUGUUGUAAAUAAUAUGGUGUACAACUAAAGUUAUCGCUUAUAAUUUUAACAACACUAAUAAUGGUGCA